CGUAGGAGUGUCGGGCGCGCAUGCGCGCCGGGUGUUCGGCGAGGCAUGUUGGGUGCGAGAGACCGGUCGUCCCGGAGCGACGAGUUUGGUUUGGAUUGAAAACGAUCGCCUGUACCGACCGCCGGAUUUUUUAAAUCGCACCGAUCGUUUCCUUUUCUUUUGUUUUUUCUACGUUAUCGAGCGCGUUCGACGACGUUACCCGACGAGACGACGUUCGAAAAGUAUCGGCACGUGUGAAUGGAUCCCACCAUCGGUUGGUACCAACCCGAACAGUACGGACCGGCCUUGGAACUGUGGACGAGAAUUUGGGAAACACAACGGGGCCUGGAAAACGUCGAUCUGAACGAAUUGCUGGACGGCAACGGGGCGAUGGAGGUGGACAACGGCAAGAACUCGGCCAAUAAGUCGGAGGCCAACGCGUCGGACAAUUCCUACUUCAACCGGGCCAAGAGAAAAAGAGACAAUCGCGCCAGCACCUACGACUUGAAUCGGAAUGUCCAUCUGAUCGAGAAAUAUGGCGGAACCCCUUGGAGGGUGGAAGGAAAGAAGUACGUCGGAGGAAUCCUCGGUUUGCAUGAAGAAAUAGAAGAUUUCUAUAAAUACAUGACUCCGACUCCAGAGGAACAUCAAAUGAGGCUAGCUGUUGUCGAACGAAUUAAGAAAGUGGUGAAUUCACUUUGGCCAGAGGCAACAGUGGAAAUUUUUGGCAGCUUUUGUACUGGCUUGUACUUACCUACAAGUGAUAUCGAUUUGGUUGUCUUUGGAAAAUGGAAUAAAACUCCAUUGUGGGACUUAGAAAAAGCUUUACUUGAUCAUAAUAUUGCUGAUUCUGAUAGUGUGAAAGUGUUGGAAAAGGCAUCUGUGCCAAUUGUAAAACUGACAGAUGCAAAGACCGAUGUUAAAAUUGACAUUAGUUUUAACAUGACUAAUGGAGUCAGAAGUGCUAAAUUAAUAAAAGAAUUUAUUAAAAAUUAUCCUACAUUACCAAAAUUAGUGUUAGUUUUGAAACAAUUUCUCUUGGAGAGAGAUUUAAAUGAAGUGUUCACUGGUGGAAUAAGUUCCUAUAGCCUUAUUUUAUUGACUAUCAGCUUUCUUCAGCUUCAUCCACAAAAUUAUGAUGUGUCUGCCUCAAAUGCCAAUCUGGGUAAAUUGUUGAUAGAAUUCUUUGAAUUAUACGGAAGAUUAUUUAACUAUUUUAAGACCGGGAUACGAAUAAAGGAUGGCGGGGCAUACAUUACCAAAGAAGAACUCCAGAGAGAUAUGAUUGAUGGUUACCAACCUUCAUUUUUAUGUAUUGAAGAUCCUUUGUUGCCAGGCAAUGAUAUCGGAAGGAGUUCAUUUGGAGCCCUUAAUGUAAAAAAAGCUUUUGAGUAUGCAUAUCUUGUACUCAGUCGAGCGGUUCAACCACACAACAGUUUAAUAGUAGACAGUAAUGAGAGCAUUUUGGGACGCAUUGUUCGUGUGACAGAUGAAGUUGUUGACUAUCGUCAGAUGUGCAUAUUGGAAUCCCAAGACAUAAUAUCUAUAUCAAAUGAUAGAGCUACAACUAAAGAUAAUGAUUCGCUCAGUUCCACUUCUUCUCUAGAUAGUCAGUCAACAUGUGUGAGCAGCACGGCAUCUAGUUCAAAUUCGAGUGUGACGAGCGAUACGGAUUCUGAUGCAGUUUCAGAAAUGGCACAGAGAAAUAGCACAAAUACAAAAUAUCAGAAACAGCAACCGGAUGUCAGACAGUGUAAUUACAAGAAUGAAAAAGACAACAGUGACAAUAGAUCAAGGGAACAAAAACAUUAUCCUACAAUAAAUAAUUUCCAUGCCGAGAGGACAAUGCACAGAAACAACGUGGAUGUUAAUCACAUGGCGGGAGUUCCUCCACCCACCAUAGCCCUUGCAAAUUUAGGUCAGGAGAUUAAUAUCAACAAUAACAAUUGGACCAAACAACGGAAAUAUUCGAUACCCAAUUUUCCUAGUGUUCCACAUCAUUAUCAGUAUGCAACACCUCUGAACGGAGACAAUAAUUCAUCACACUAUCGUAACUUUGGCAAGAAAAAGAAAUUACACGGUAGAAGAGAUAUUUCGCAGACAUCCGGAGUGCAGACUCGACGGUAGUAGGAAUUUCAUUAUCCGAAGUCUUCCAGUUGCCUUUUUUUGUCUGAUAAAUAGAUCAUCUCGUACGUGUAGUUUGUUCUUUGUCAUUUCAGCCAAACAUCUCAUUCCAAUAUUUUUCAAGAUGUGCUAACUCAUCACGUAAAGUUAGGAAUAACAAAAAUUGGAAAUAGAGAAGUAAAGUCACUGGCAAAGAACAGACGAGGUUCUAUUUAGUGCCAACAUUUCGUUUGUCAGGUAUUCGAGGAAAUGUAUCCAUUUAGUUAACUAGAUUUCCACGGCAAGACGUGGAUUAUCGAAAACGGUGAUAUAGAAUCGACACGGCUGUGAUCAUAUCUAUUGGAGGAUAUCGAAGCGGGGAGAUUGCAUUUUUACCUGUUAAGCUUGUUUAAUAUGUUUUUUUGUACAUAUUUCGAGAAUGUGUACAUUUGUAAAUAUAUGUAUAUUGCAUAAUCAUAGCAAAUCACACCAUAGUCUAGCUGCAAGAAUGCACAAGAGUACAAAUGAAAACUGUGUCGUCCCACGCACCUGUAAAUGUUUGAAAGUGUACUUGUUUAACGAGAAGAAAUUUUGAAUGUACGAGUGAAUGUAAAUUUAAAAUCGCAUGUCUGAUUUCAGACUUAAUUUUAGUGCAAAAUAUUAUAUUAGGUUAAAAGUUCUGAAUCCAAACUGUUGACAACUAUACAUUGCAAAACGAAAGGGCAGACAACCCGUUACCAUUAUUCGAUCAGAGAAUCGGAUCUCCCGUUCGAAAUACCUGUUUUAUCUGUAAGAUAAAAAGAGAAGUUAAUUCUUUAAACCGUAAUUUAACGACACGGGAAGAGGAGGCAUCGCUCGAAGAAAACACUCACGUCUGCGUACGAGCACAUUUCAUUAGAAGACUCAUUUUGAUACGUAGAUAGAUAGCAGUGUACGUUGUCAAACCGACGGUGCUAAGAGAAUACUAGUCAUUUACGGAGUAUCGGAGUUCGGGAACUCGCGCACCACCCGGAACCGAACCGUCGAAGAGAGGAUCCAACAGUGUAAUAAUAAUCAGCACUGCCAGAGUAGCCCAACGAUCAAGCGUGAUUGGAACUUGGGCCCAAAUAAGACGUCUGCUGUUACUUGCAUCAAAAUACUUAAUACAUAAUCAUGAUCAUUGAAAAAAGAAGGAAAAAAAGCAAAAAAAAAGAAUCAUUUCAUUCAACAUUUCACCGUGAGAAGAAUCAUCUUGCUGCAUUGUUUUCAGUAUGAAGAAAAUGUGCCUUGUGUUGUUGACAUGAAUUUGUCCGUAUGAAAAUUAACAUUAUAAUGCUACUAUAUAUAUAAAUAUAUAUAUAUUUCAGUGCAAGUUUGUUCAUAUAACAAUAAAUCAGAUUGCUCUUAAGGCAUGACGAAAAAUCUCAUUAUUACAUCAUGCGGUCUCAACAAAAUUACUGUUAAAGAAUACAUCGUGCAGUCUCAAACGGAUUACAACAAAACAACUAAAAAAAAAAAACAAAAAAAAAGGUGACAUACACCAAAGCCUGCCAUUUCUAAAUCAGUUCUGUGUACCAUGGUUAUGAAUACAGUCAAUAAAGGUGUGCAGAACUGUCAUUUGUCCUGUAUUUUUUAAUAACAAAAAAAAAGUUUAAAGAUCUUUAAUUAUUCUGUAUAUUUAAGAAUGGAACGACGACGUUGGUCGUGCCCAGCAGUAUUCGAUAACAGAGUUAAAAAAAUAAAGAAUAUCUUUUAGAAAUAUCUUUUGUAAACAAAUUAAAUAAAAGUGUAUCGAAAAGUCUGAUUGUAUAUUUAAAUGGAAUGAUUUUUAAUUGAAAUUUGGUUAUUGAAUGUCAAAAUUUCUUUUAAUCGGAUCUCAUAUUGUUGAGUCAAAAUUCUCUCUAUUGUGCCAUCUCGAAUUUAAGUUAAUAAAAUGUCACUUGUAAAUAAAAAAAAUGCUUGGUUUUUCUUAGUUUUUAACAUUUAAUUCUUACCGAAAUAUCGAGAAAUUUUGUAAUUUUGUUUCCAUCGUUCCACAUAAAAUACAAUUUUGCUAAUUGAUAUCGACAUUUUUGAGUCGAAGUAUCGAUCUCGAUUUAUAAGUCGAUAUUUUUACAUACGAGUUACAUCUGCUGCGUAUGCGAGUUUAUAUAAACGGCAUCAGCCUUCCUUCUAAUAUAUUAACUAAGUGGAACGUAUUGUAGUAGGAAGAUGAUAUGGAGGAAUAUUUGAUUUUAUUCUAGCGAUGGUCUAAGAACUCUGAGAGGGAUUCGAAUAAUCGAGUCAUUGAUUAGAAAAUGGCGAUGCUUUAGAAUUUUUAAUGUGAUAUACGCCUGUAAUAGCGCUGCUGCAACUUCUACUCGAUGCACGCCGAUCUUAAGACGAUUCACUUUCUUCCGUUUGUAACCAUCGUAAGAAGUUUUCUGGAGACGUAAUCAAGAAGAUAAACUUUAAUUGAAUGUAAAUUUGUUAGAAUAUAAUUGUGUCGAGUGAAUCGUAUUCUUUCUACGCGCUUCCGAGCGUUAAACGAAGCACGAAGGAAAGAUUGGUUAUUGGAAAUCGUCUUAAAGCGUGACGCCUCUCCCACAAAUAUAGCGUGGAAAAAUAAAGAUUCCGUUCCCCAAACGAAUGCCCGGAAGGAGAAAAGGACGGCAGUAGUAAAAAGUCUAUGAUUGUGGAAGCGGGAUCAGAAAAUCGAUAGCGAGUCUCGGCGACCGCGGUGGGAACGAAGGCUCGAGGGUAUUUCGAGUAAGAAGUAACCAAAUCUGCCAUCUUUGUUCACGUAGCGGUUUGAAUUUUCUACGAAAUCGUACAAAAACAAUUUGUGUAAUUUUUAAUUUGACAUAAUAUAUUAUAUUUUUCUGCUUGUAGAGAUUCGUCCACACGAGUUUCCGAAUUUGUCCGAUAGGUGGUGCCGCAUCGAUGUUGUAGGACGAAGUUUUUGUUAUGGUCACGGGGUGGGUGUUUACGAUGACGUUCCCAUCUUAAGAUCUAGUGUUGCGUUGGACGUUGGACCGCGAUAAAUCGGAUGUGUAUAUUGCACCCGAUGUUUUCUGCGGUAGAAUCGACCGGGACGAGGUAAGUCGAGACGAUAAUUCGUCGGUGUAGUCGAACAACUAACCACGUUGGAAUCGAAGUGGUGCAGGUUAAUCAUUAAUUAUUGAGUUCGUUACAUUUUGGUAAAGCCAGAAAUGGGUAGAAGUAGGAAAGACUCUUUUAAUCAGUUGCCCGUAGACCAAUAUAGAAAACAAAUUGGAAAACAAGACAG